AAAAUAAAAAUAUUAUAAAUAAAUAAGAGAGCAAAAGCAUAAAAAAGAUAAACACAAUCAAAAACGAAAUCAAAAUCAAAAUCAGAAAUCCAACGAAAAUUCCAACAAGACAUUGGACAGGUGUCAGCCAGAGCAAAAGCGGAUUUUCAUUAAUCAAAAGCUACCAGCUGAGAAGAAGUCAAGCCUUGCAGUUUUUACGGUGUGAUGUGAUUGAAGUUCAAUAGCCGAACAAGCAGACGUCAAGCAUAAGGACUUGCCAAGAGGAGGAGGACAAAGAGCAGCAACAGCAGCGGCAGCAGCAGCAACACUAGAAGAAGAAGAAGAAGAAGACAGGACGCCAAGACCCAAGUAGAAUUCGCACACUGUGGCCAGAACGACGAGGAGCAGCAAACCGAAUGCAGUAUCUCAACUACGCUCUGCAAACAUCCACGCGACUGCUGACCAGCCACAGCCACAGCCAGAGUCCAAGUCAAAGUCAGAAACAGUUUGAGACGAAACUCAAUCAGAAUCAGCAGCAGCAGCAGGAGCAGCAGCAGGUACAGCAGGAGCAGCAGCAGCAGCAGCAGCAGAAGCACAAGCAGCAGCAUCAUCAGAAUCAGCAUCAACGUCAGCGACAACGUCAAAUAGCAGCAAUUGAGGCAGCAGCAGCAGCAGCCACGCCCAUUGAAGAGCAAAUAGCAAACGCCUGCUGCAGUCGUGGAGCCCAAUUGCUGCGGCUGCGCCAACAGGAAUUGCUAAAGCGACGCGCGCUCGAAUUGGAGGAUCAGUUGAACGGGAACAUUGAUAGCUGGGAGAGCGACGCCAAUAGCAGCGAGGAGGCCGAAGAAGGAGCGGUGGGUGGACAGCAGUCGGAGCAAACAGAGCAGCAGCAGGAGCAGGAGCAGCAGCAGCAACCAGAGCAGCAGCAGCAGCAGCAGCAGCGGCAGCAGCUGGAGCCGCAGCCGGAACCUGAGCCGCAGCCAGUCCAAUGAAAUUUACUCUCAUUUAA